GAACGAUUGUGUUGUGUUUGUUGUACAGUGUAAACAAUGACAGAUCUCUAAUAUUUAUAAGAUUAUAGCUUUAUGGUAUAAUACCUAAAUAAAAACAAAAGCAGACAGAAUAUAUCCUAUUUGUGUCAAUGCUUCAACUGUUUUUGUUGUUUAAAAUAGGAACUGGCAAAAUUUAAACGCAAAAAAAAGUCUGAAAUAGAAACAUUUUACAGCCAUCAGGUUUCCGCACAUGUGUUUGGUAUGAAAAAUGAACAAAGUAAUGAAAAUGUAAUCUGAACUGGACUGAAACUUUAAGAAAGCAUUGAUUUGUUACGUGUUUUUUAACUUGUUUGUGAACAGCGAUUAACGGCGUUUGAAUUAUCUCAAUAAAUGCUAUGCUGUUCUCAUGCGGGGAAGUCUUUUACCUGUGCAGUAAAUCAAAAAUAAUAAACUGAUAAGCUUUUCAAAAGAUUCUUACUUUUGAUUCCUCCAAAAUAUUUUAUGAAGACUCUUUUCCUUUGUUUCAUUUGUGCAGUUGUGUUUGUGGUUGGCUAUUUCUUUGGCAUCUUACAUAGUAUAGGGCCAUGUGAAGAUGCAACCCAAAUUAAGAAACCCUAUGAAACAUUACAGAUUAAAGACUUAGAAGUGACUUCUCCCAGGUACCAGGCUUUACUUUUAGUUAUUAUCUUCAGUUCCCCUGGAAACCAUGAAAGAAGAAAAAUCAUCAGAGAUACUUGGUUACAAACAAAAGCUGACAAAGAUAUUUUACAUUUUUUUGCUAUUGGAUCAAAACUUUUGAAUGCAGAAAAAAUACAGAGUUUGGAAGAUGAAAAUAUUAAAUACAAGGAUUUAUUGAUGCUAGAUAAAGUACAGGAUUCAUUCUCGAAGCUGUCGGAAAAAUUGAGAGAAAUAUUUAUUUGGGUUGAGAAGAAUGUUAGCUAUACUUAUGUGCUCAAAGUCGAUGAUGACAGCUUUGUUCACCUGGAUGCACUGAAUGUUGCUCUGUCUCAAAUGCCUAAGAGUAAAACUUAUUGGGGGUAUUUUGAUGGGCAAGCUAAUGUGAAAAAAGUGGGAAAAUGGGCCGAGAGAAACUGGUUUCUUUGUGAUAAAUAUUUGCCAUAUGCCAAAGGUGGAGGGUAUGUUCUCUCAAGAGAUUUAGUUCAUCAAAUUGUUAUAAAUGCAGAAUAUUUGUCCAUGUAUAAAAAUGAAGAUGUGAGUUUAGGAGUAUGGCUGGCUCCCUUUGAAAUAAAUAGGCUCCAUGAUACACGUUUUGAUACCGAAUUUAUGUCAAGAGGAUGUUCAAAUGCUUUUUUGGUUACACAUAAGCAGACUGUAGAAAUGAUGAUUGAAAAAUACCAAAAUAUUAAAAGGACAGAAAAGUUAUGCUCCUUUGAAUAUCAGAAUCGGAGUAAUUAUACAUACAAUUGGAGUGUAUUGCCCUCUAAGUGUUGCAUAAAAGAUUAAAUUUUAUAAUUUCAUCAUCAAUUAUGUAAGACAACUUGAUCAAUUUCUUGUUUAGGAGAGUACAUAUGAAAGAUGUAUUAUAUUGUAUAGUAAAUAUUCAUUUUCGUGUCAACUGUAUUCCU